AUGGGUGUCACCGGCCUUUGGACGGUCGUGCAGCCCUGCGCUCGUCCUAUCAAACUCGAGACGCUAAACAAGAGACGGCUUGCGGUCGACGCGUCGAUUUGGAUAUAUCAAUUUCUGAAAGCAGUGCGAGACAAAGAAGGGAAUGCGCUACGAAACUCCCACAUCGUCGGAUUCUUUCGUCGGAUAUGCAAGCUGCUGUACUUCGGGAUCCGACCUGUCUUCGUUUUCGAUGGCGGGGCCCCAGUCAUGAAAAGACAGACGAUUGCAGGUCGGAAGAAAAGACGCGAGGGUCACAGGGAAGAUGCUGUGAAGACCGCAGGGAAAUUACUCGCGGUGCAAAUGCAACGCAGUGCGGAGGAAGAAGAAAGUCGCCGGCGCAACAAGAACCGGAGACAAGAAGAGGAAGAGGUGACGGAGACUCCGGUCUAUGCAGAUGAAGCAUUUAUGACUGAGAAAGAAAGGCAACAAACUCGACGUUUCAAGAAGAAGGAUGCCUACCACUUACCGAACCUGGAUGUAUCGCUCCAGGAUAUGGGUGCACCAAACGACCCACGCAUCAUGUCCCAGGAGGAAUUAGAAGAGUAUGCUAGGCAAUUCCACCAGGGCCAAGAUAUCAAUCUUUACGACUUCUCCAAGAUCGACUUCGACAGCUCAUUCUUCCUCAGUUUGCCCGCGACUGAUCGAUACAACAUCUUAAACGCAGCCAGGCUGAGGAGUCGACUGCGUAUGGGAUACUCAAAAGAGCAGCUAGACACCAUGUUUCCUGACCGCAUGGCAUUCUCAAGAUUCCAAAUCGACCGAGUCGCAGAGCGAAAUGACCUUACGCAACGAUUAAUGAAUAUAAACGGUAUGAAUGGAGAGGAAGCGUUCUACAACUCUGGGCAGCGUAUUGCAGGAGAACGAGGCAGAGAAUAUGUGCUUGUCAAAGAUCGCGAGCAUGAGGGUGGUUGGGUGCUUGGUGUUGUCGGAAACAAAGAGGGCGAUGAAGAGAAACCCAUCGAUCUCGAUCGGCCUGAAAUAUUGUCGGACGAGGAUGAAGUGUCCGAUGAAGAUGUCUUCGAGGAUGUUCCAAUCGAGGGCCUGAACCGACUUCCUAAGCUUCCCUUUCUUCGAGACGGUGUAUUUGAUCAAUCCCUUCAGAUUCAAGGCGAUGAGGACUUCGACAUGCAAAGAGCUAUAGAAGAAUCGCGUCUCACCGCGCGGCGACCGCCAGUGAAUGAUCGUCAAAUUCAAGCUGUGGAUGACGACUCGCUUUUUGUUGAGGCGGAUGGAAAUAUUGGUGUUCAACAGCAGAACAACGACACCGAUGGCUUUUUUAAUGGCGAAGAUGAUGACCUCGAACAAGCCAUUGCCCUUUCAUUGCAACCGACUACCGACCAUGAUGAAAUCGUGCCGGAAAUAGCCAUCAAUCGACCUGCUGAGCCAGCCCCUUCUCAUGAUAUGAUGAUACCAGACCCCGACUCUGAGAGCGACGAUGGAAUGGAUUUUGCGUCUGCUCUCGCCAAAACCAAGGUCACAAAGAAGGCCCCUCGGUCAUCAAAUCCAUUCGGCGGUCCCCUUCCCUUUGAGCCUAUCAAGCUCACAAAAGCAACCAAAAAUACCGGGAAGGCUAGUGGGGCCGAUGAAAACGCAGGUGGCUUUGUUAAGGAAUCCGCGAAGAAACCAAAACAGGCAGACCCGCUCCCUCCCUGGUUCGUUGGCGAGCGCACGAAUCAAGAAUUCAUUGUUGAUCCAAUUGAAGACCCCAAAGAACAAGAGAAGUCGGCGGCACCGGAUCACAUGUUCCUUUCCAAUCGUCGCUCACCAGAAAUCAUCGAUGUCGAUCAAACGUCCGAGGAGGUUGUUGAUUUAGAGGAAGGCUCGGAAAAGAAAACCGGCAUUGAAGAGAAAAAGCCUGAACCAAUUUUUGAUGAGGAAAUUAAAAGGCUUUACCGCGAGCUUCCCUCAACUAUUGACGAAAAGCCCUCCAAUGAACCAACACAAAUUGAUACGAAAGAUGAAGCGCUACUUGAGAACACCAUCAAACAAGAUCAAGAACCCGUGCCUGUGCCUGAAGCGAAGUCCCCAGAGAUCUCCCCCCAUAGUGAACACUCUCUGUCGCCUGAAUUCGUGGAUGUGGUUCCUCAGCCACCUACGGAAGUCCCUGAGAUCACUGUUGUACCUCAAGAGUCCCAGCCCCAGCUUUUUGAAGAGGCCGAGCAAUCAGAAACCUUUGCUCAAGACCAAGGUGAUUACAGCGACCCAGAAGAUGAAGAUCUCUUCAAACAGCUUGCAGCCGAAGGUGAAGAACAUGCCCGCUUCGCCCAGACUCUCAAUAAUGCUGCGCCUAUUCAGGAUGCCCUUGAUUACGAGCAAGAACUGAAGCAGCUACGAAAUCAACAUAAAAAAGAUCGUCGUGAUGCAGACGAGGUGACCACUAUUAUGAUCAAUGAAUGUCAGCAGCUAUUGACACUAUUUGGACUGCCUUACAUCACUGCGCCGAUGGAAGCUGAAGCGCAGUGUGCUGAAUUGGUCUCGCUAGGCCUUGUUGAUGGCAUUGUCACAGAUGACAGUGAUAUCUUCCUUUUCGGUGGGACACGAGUCUACAAGAACAUGUUCAAUCAAAGCAAGUUCGUGGAGUGCUAUCUGGCAUCGGACUUUGAAAAGGAGUAUGCCCUUCAUCGACGGAAGCUUAUCAGCUUUGCCCAUCUGCUAGGUAGCGAUUACACGGAGGGCAUCCCUGGUAUUGGUCCCGUCACAGCCUUGGAGAUUAUCACCGAGUUCUCUAGUCUCGAAGAGUUCCGCGACUGGUGGUCAGAAGUGCAAAUGGGCACAAAUAACCCCGACGACGUUCAUCUAGCUUUCCGAAAGAAAUUCCGGAAAAAGGCGUCCAAGAUUUUCCUGCCGCCCUCAUUCCCUGACACCCGAGUUGACACCGCCUACCUAGAACCCGAGGUUGACGCUGACCCCUCCCAAUUCCAAUGGGGUAUACCCGACUUGAACGGUCUGAGAAACUUUCUCAUGGCAACCAUCGGUUGGAGCCAAGAGCGCACAGAUGAGGUUCUCGUCCCGGUUAUUCGCGAUAUGAAUCGCCGAGACCAAGAAGGCACACAGUCCAAUAUCACACAAUUUAUGACCGGUCCACAGGGAGCAGGUGCGUUUGCGCCUCGUGUUCGACCGGGUGGGCCUAGCCGAAUGGAAAAGGCAUUUGGUCGACUGCGACAAGAGGCUCAAGGUGGUCAGGCCUCACCAGGUGACGACGCCCCAGCCACAGAAGGCGAUGGGGAAGAAGCCUCUGGUUCGCAAAAGCAAACUAAACGGGGAGCAUCAGCCAUCCAGGCUAAGGCCGGAUUGAGUAAGAAACGCAAGACUCGUCGCGCAGACUCAUAA